CCGAAAGAGAAAAAGAUGAAGUUCUUUACAGUCCUUUUGCUUCUGUGUGCCAUGGCUGGAUACUCCUUUGCUACGGGAACAGCUUCAACAACUACAGAACAGGCCUAUACAACCGCUGCAGCGCCAGCCGCUGUCACCCCAGGACCAUGCGGAGGAAAUCAAAUUGGAGGACCUAGUGGCAAGAUUGUACGCAAUGCCAAAAAACUAUACUUCUUUUAUUAAUAAAUAUUAAGCAGGAAGUGUAAAAAGUUUCUGUUUCUCUGACUAAAA